AUGACACACCAGCCCUCAGACAUGACACACCAGCCUUCAGACAUGACACUCCAGCCUUCAGACAUGACACACCAGCCCUCAGACAUGACACACCAGCCUUCAGACAUGACACACCAGCCCUCAGACAUGACACACCAGCCUUCAGACAUGACACACCAGCCCUCAGACAUGACACACCAGCCUUCAGACAUGACACACCAGCCUUCAGACAUGACACACCAGCCUUCAGACAUGACACACCAGCCUUCAGACACACCAGCCUUCAGACAUGACCCACCAGCCCUCAGACAUGACACACCAGCCCUCAGACAUGACACACCAGCCUUCAGACAUGACACACCCUUCCUUCUGUUGACGGAACCCCCUGGUGUGUAUGCUGCCAGUCUCGUGCCACAGUCCUGUCACCGUGCCAGACCUCCAGAGAGUGUGUGUGUGUUUGUGUGUUUGUGUGUGUGUUUGUGUGUGUGUGUGUGCGGACGCACUGCCAGUCUCGUGCCAGACCUCCAGCACAGUGAUUUAUCAGUACUAUUUGUUGCAUGGCAGUUGUUCUAUCUAGCUGCUGCUGGUUAGAGCUACCCAUCACAUUGCUGUGUGAUAACUGUACAUCUCCACAGAGACUGUAGAUAGAGAGUUCUCUAGCUCGACCUCCAGUCCUUCUCAGGGGGUCAGGACUUUAUCUUUGAGGUGGUAAACUUCAAAAGAAGUGUGAUUAGAGACAAUUUGAGAGUCUUUCAUUAUUAACCAUGUUCCUUGUUCAGUGGUGACCUGCAAAUUAACUACAAAUUAUAAAGAAAUCCCCAUGUAAAUGUAAAAUAUUAGCAGUGUGGGAGUAGUUUGCAAUCAUCAUACUGUACCUAUAUGAAAUGUAAUAUUAUGUAUUAUUAAAAAAUAUAUAAACAAUUAACUCAUGUCAAAUUAGCCCACGUCAAAUUAAGUCAUUGAUUUGAAAUUAAUUGAAAGGCUUUAACUGGCCCCAGUGGAGUGACAAACAAGUGGUGUGUAUUGUCCUGGUGUGGACUAAUGUGGCACGCAUGUUCCUUCCUGUCAGGCCUGUGUUCUCUGUUCUAAUGGAGGCUCUGACUGACACACACGCACACACACACACACACACACACACACACACACACACACACACACACACACACAUAAACAAACACUCACAGAGGGUGUGAUGCCCCCAGUAAAAGUGCCACUCCCUCUCCAGAAACCCGGCCAUGCAGCCAUGUCCUGUCCAGCCUGUCUCCAGAGCCCCGGCCAUGCAGCCAUGUCCUGUCCAGCCUGUCUCCAGAGCCCCGGCCAUGCAGCCAUGUCCUGUCCAGCCUGUCUCCAGAGCCUUGGCCAUUCAGCCAUGUCCUGUCCAGCCUGUCUCCAGAGCCUUGGCCAUUCAGCCAUGUCUUGUCCAGCCUGUCUCCAGAGCCCCGGCCAUGCAGCCAUGUCCUGUCCAGCUUGUCUCCAGAGCCCCGGCCAUGCAGCCAUGUCCUGUCCAGCUUGUCUCCAGAGCCCCGGCCAUGCAGCCAUGUCCUGUCCAGCCUGUCUCCAGAGCCUUGGCCAUGCAGCCAUGUCCUGUCCAGCCUGUCUCCAGAGCCUUGGCCAUUCAGCCAUGCCCUGUCCAGCCUGUCUCCAGAGCCCCGGCCAUGCAGCCAUGUCCUGUCCAGCCUGUCUCCAGAGCCCCGGCCAUGCAGCCAUGUCCUGUCCAGCCUGUCUCCAGAGCCUUGGCCAUUCAGCCAUGUCCUGUCCAGCUUGUCUCCAGAGCCCCGGCCAUGCAGCCAUGUCCAGUCCAGCCUGUCUCCAGAGCCUUGGCCAUGCAGCCAUGUCCUGUCCAGCCUGUCUCCAGAGCCCCGGCCAUGCAGCCAUGUCAUGUCCAGCCUGUUAAAAGCUGUCAUGAAUAA